AUGCACAAUGUGAGAGCUAAGGGGGAGGGAGGAAGGGCCAGCGGUAUGAAGUCCUGGCGCUUGUUCGCCUUUCAUCCAGCCUUUACGAUAGCCGACCUAUCCAUCAAGGCCCCCUAUGUGCAGUUACGUGUGGAUAGUCUACCACUGAACUCACAUAGCCUGGAAUAUCACCAACCAACCUCGGUUCUGCCAGCCGUAUGGGCCCUUGCUUCGAUGGACGACAUGCUAUUACCCGAGUCGAAUAUUACGGAGAUGGGCGUCUCCUAA